AUAUCCUCGUGUAGUUUGCGGAAGUGUUCUUGUUUCUCGCGGUAAGAGGAGUAAACAGACCCACACAGAGAAAUCACCAGUAUGCUGCUCGGCGCUAAGCACAAGUGCUAAAUGUGACGUGAUAUUUAUGCCUUAAGCUGCGAUACAGAAGCCCACAGUGUGAACCUCACGGGUAUAAAAAGUGUUUAGAGCAACUUCUGGAACAUUUAAAGUUUAAAAUGUCAGAUUAAGCAGCUGCUGAAUGCGAUAGUAUCUGUGCUAACCUAGCACGCUGAGCUAAGUGCUAGCCCCGGUUAUCGCUCUGUAAUGAUAGAGAGCAGCAGGAGCUCCUUCUUCGGACAUGGCAGCAGGCGGAUCGUUAGAGUCCACUUUAGACAGGAAGUUUCAAUCUGUCACAAACACCAUGGACUCGAUCCAAGGACUGUCAACGUGGUGCAUCGACAACAAGAAGUACCACAGCCUGAUUGUGCGACACUGGAUCAAGGUCUUGAAGAAAUCUGAGUCCGCACGCAGACUCAACCUUAUUUAUCUCGCCAAUGACAUCAUUCAGAACUGUAAAAGGAAGAAUGCCAUCGUCUACCGCACCGCGUUUGCCGAGGUGCUUCGGGACGCCUUCGUGCUCCUCAACUCUGAAGGUGACCCCAAGGUAAUUAAAUCAGUGGAGAGGAUACUGUCCAUCUGGGAGGACAGGUCUGUGUAUUCAGGGACACUCAUCACCGAGCUGAGGAACAGUUUAGUGAAGGAGGAGUCUCCUCCUGAGACGCCUGUGGAACAAAAAACUCCUGUUGAGUCUAAAGCAGAUCUGCGCUCCAAGGUUCUUGCUGAGUUUGUGCCGCAGGCACUUAUCGACCAACUGUCUAAGUGCAAGAGAUCUUUGGAGGAUGUCGACCUGAGAGAGAAACAGCUGGCAGCUAUGAGGGUUGACAUCUGCAGUACUGAGGCCCUCAGAAAACUCAAAGAUAAAGCUGGAGGAAAGAAGUUCUCCAAGGACUUUGAGGAGGGGAGUGCACAGCUGCAGGAGUUUGUAAAGUUCCUUGACAAAGAGAGCAAAAAAGGGCCUCCACUCAUGGAGGCUCUCAGCAACGCAGAUGUCUUCUAUGAGAUGCAGUACAAGGAGGUCAAGAUUGUUGCUAAUGCCUACCAGACAUUUGCAAACCGUGUUACCCACCUUAAGCGCAAGCUGGACGCCCUGAAGGCUAACUUACCAGACCUGGACGAGUCACCCAUCCCCUCCCCCUCUGCAGACGCACCGUCUCCAACCGGCUCAGAGUCCCCUUUUCACGAGAUGGAAUUAGCUCACCCAGAUCCAGACCUCGACGGCUCUGCUAUGGACGAUGAUGCAGAGCCCCCAGCCCCGAGCCCCCUGUCCUCUCUUGGCGGAUCCCCCAAACAGACGGAGGCUCACGGGGAGAAUGACAGACUGGAGGUUGAAGACAUGGAGCUCUCCGACGAAGAAAUGGACACCGGUGGGAUUAUAGUUGAGGAGGAGAUAGAGCGCCCCUCCCACUCAGAGGUGCCCGAUCCAGUCACUGCGAAAACAGAGCCAUCAGUGGCAGCAGAGCAGCCCGUUACACAGGUCACGCCCCCCGUAGCAGCUCCCACAGUGGCUGUGGAAAAUGUUGACCUGGGUAAAAUAGGUUCCAUCCUUAGCAGUUUAAAAUCAGUCAUGAAGAACACAGGACCAGCAGUGGAGAGUCCUCCUGCAGCUACCUCCUCAUUGAAGACUACACCCGCUGCCUCCUUGAUUCCUCAGGAUGCCAGUUCAAUUGUAAGCCUCCUCUCCAAGGUGGAUGUGUGUCCUGCCGAUCUCCUUGGUGCUCUCUCCAAAGUACACGGCAAACGCAGCCAUGAGGGUAUAACUUCUCUUCUGAGCAGCCCGGCUGUUAAUGUCUCCUCAGACUCCUCCAGUACAGGCAAGGUUCCCCCCUCUCCCUCUCGCUCAUCCACAUCUGCAUCAACAGCCCCCUCUCAGAGCCUGUCUCUCUCCUCGGUUGCACCCUCUUCAAUCAGCUCCACUGUACAGCAGAGCACAAGCUCACAACCCAAACCGCCCCCUCAGACUGCAAACCCAGCCUCUGCCCUUGCCCAGGCUCUCCACAGAGACAUGGACUUGAUCACAGAUCCAGAGCCGUCCUCUUCUUCUCAGAGUUUAGAAUCUAAAAUCCACAAUUUCCUGCAGGGGAACUCUGCUUUCUCUGCAUUCGACCUGGACUUUCCUGCACGGCCAGCGCAGGGAAGGAAUAACCUCAGCCCAGUACCCGAGCCAGACACACAGGAGGGCACCCCAGUGCGCGAUGAGGGCGGAGGCACCCCAACUCAAGAUGAAAUCAUGGACACGCCUGCGACAGCCCCAUUCAGUUCCAGCACAAAUAAAAAAUCAUCUGUUAGAGAAACAUUUGGAACAGCCUCUGUUGCAGCACAGCAGAACCCCAGCCUCCCUCACCUGCAGCCAGGAGUGGCUCAGAAUGGUCAAGUCCACCAGCAGUACCAGUAUGGUGGACAAGAGCGUUCAGAGCAUGGGAUUACUGCACCUGUUGCACAUUUUCAGCAGGUUCCUGCACCAUCAGGAGGGCCAGUGCCUGGAGAAAGAGCCCCAGGCGGUGCCAGCAGCACACACACAGCUGAAGGCUUUCAUACGGGGCGUGAAAGAGGUUGGUAUGGGGACAACUACCCUGAGGGGGGCUCUCAACAACCCAGAGGCUACAAUGUUGCUGUGCCUGGAGUGAACCAGACAUCAGGACUUUAUCCGUACCAAACAUGUCCAAGUCAGAAACCUCCAGGGUUCCAGCAGGGCCCAGAAACAACCCCUAGUUUCUUCCCAAGUUCCCUCCCUCCUGUCCCAAAUCUUCCUCCGCGUCCUCAAGGCUUUGACAACUCUCAUGCCGCAACAAACAGUUCCAUUAUCCCCCAAGAGCAGCAGCUGAUGCCCCACCCGGACACAGCCAAUGUGAUUGGACCCAAAGCAGACAGCGUCAUCAGCGGAAUGGUGGUCCACGACCAUCAACACAAAUCCAUGUUUAAUCCAGAUGAUGCGUCAUACGGCCGAGACCGACCUCACCUUCCUCACUUGGAAGAGUUCCGCCCUCACCCAGACGAUUUGUACCAUGGCAACCCCCACCACGAAACCCCUUUCUUUCAAGACGACCCUUACCACCACCCUGAGGAUCCAUAUUACAGACCAGCCAGUCCUUCACACCAGUACCCCAGAGUCCGAGGCCGCCUCACUCCCUCUCACUCCCCCUCAGAGGACCCUUACUACGCUCAUGAAUACCAACGCCACAGCCCCCCUCCUCCUCACCACUACACUCCAAGACGACCGCAACCACCUCAUCAUCCAGAGAUCCAUCAUCCCGGUCUGCGGCCUCCGCAUCGACCUCCUCAUCCAGCACACCAUCUACGCCCAAGAGGUCCGCCUGGCCUGCAACGCCCCCCACGUCCGCCAUUUCAUCCUCAAUUCCAGCACGGCCCUGAUCCGAGGUUAAGAGGCAAACGUCCAGUUCCAAGAGGAGGGGGGAACGCUGGUCCAAUGUUCCCCCCGAAAAGACCCUUUCUUCCCCCGAGGUACUGAUGGGACAUGUAGCUUUGAGCUCUUAAAAUCACUGUGGACGUCAUGAAGGCAGAGGGCGGGAACUUUGUGUCCAAACAAUACCUUGAGAAUGGAAAACAUGAGCAAAUAAAUAUGGAGAGAUUGAGGGGGGCAUCGGCAGAAGAGGUGAUACUGCAGAGUAAUGAAUUCAGUAGCACACCAGGAGAAGCAUGGCGGGAAAGAAGGUUGGGGACGAAACAGAGACAUCACCAGGAGGAGUGAAAGAAAUCGUAAUCUCUGAGAGGGCUGCUGGGCUGAAGAAGACAGAAGAGAAAGAAAAUAAGAGGUGGAUAUAUAUAAUUCACUUUCUGUGUUAUUUGCUCUAGUUUGAAGCAUUGCAUUAUAUUUGUAAAUGAGAUUCAGUUUGAUACAGGUCAGAGUGCGUGCAUGGUUCGUGUGUGCAUGCGGUCAUGUGAAAGUUAACCAGUCACAGACGUUAAAUCAUGAGGAUUAUUUUUGCUAAGAGACAGAAUGUAGUCGAUGCAAUGUUUCUGCUGUUAUUUAGUUGUUCCACGAGCAGUUUUGACCGUUUCUUUUCCACAUCAGCAGUAUCUCAGUAACUCCUGAUAAACAUACAUUUGAGUUUCACUUUGAGUAGCAAAAACUUUAGUAGAACUUGCCAUAGAAUUUAUGUUCUAGGGUAGCAUAUUUUGGGAUAAUUAAUUUCAUUGUUCCAACUCCAAAUGUUUUAUCUGUGAAGCGAUGCUCUCUCUAUUAGUGCGCAGUCUUCCUCCGGCGAUAGUUUUUCCGUCUCGUUAAGUUCCUUGAUUCAGAGCGGCACAAGUCUAUUCAGAAGGGAGAGAGAGGUGUGAGAGUUACUCUUUUCAGCCUCCCAACAGCGACGCAGAAGAAAUGCAUUUUUUGGAGGAGAUGAAGAAACUCGCCUUCAGUUUCGUUUUACAUGUACUGUCUAAUAAAAUCUGGGUUUGAAAAUG